GGGUCUUUCUUCCUCUUCUUCCUCAGGUCAUCGAACGAAACCUAGCCAUUGGGUUCGGUGGAACCCAACCUAGAAAAUAUGUGUUCACCACUUUUACAAGACGAGGGUCAUUUGAGAAGGUCAAGUUCUGCAAAGGCUAAUCAAGCAAAAGGACCGAGGGUGACGCAUACCAGCGGUUCAAUAGACGUUAAUGUUUAUAAAAAGAAAAUGCAACAAGCAAACCUCGAGGGUCGUCUACCGACAUUUCCUGAGGUCUACACCAGUAGAAGGCAGCACAAAGGAAAAGGAAAAGACCAACUGCCUAUAUAUUGUAAUGAUGAGGCUCAAGAAAUUGGAGAAAAAUUAACAGCUGAAUAUGCUGCUAGGCAAGAGGAAGAAAGAUUUGACCCUACAAUAGCUCAUGGUGAGUUUUUACUUAGGGCAACUAGUGGGGUGAAGAAAGGAUGGCUGAAAGGUUUGGAUAUUCACACACAUCCAUAGGAUAUAGGUGUGAGCACAUCUACGCGGGAACCAUUGAAGGUAGAUAAUAAUAGCCUUCGACAAUC